AUGCAUCCAGGUGGCAUAGGAGCAGCUCUGGCGUCCGCGUCGACGCCAAUGGGGAGCCAUUCUGUCGCGUCUGGAGUAGCGCCAGCGCACGACGAGAAUCACCCUUGGGCACAGCAUUUCGCAUUGAUGCGCGAGCAAGAGGGAGAGUUGGCAGGUCUUAGUGGCGGCGUGAAUGGAGUAGGGUGGGUAUCCAGGCCAGGUGGCGUCCCAACUGCGCUACCCACAAGUCUAAAUGCCCGAAAGGCAGAUGCCGAUGGGGGGUUCUUUGGUGGUGCAAGCGCAACGUCAACAUUCCCUUCGUCAAUACGCACCCAUGAAGCAGCGCCUCCUAUGCUAGGUCAAACCGCAACGGCAAGUUGCGGCGGUUCGGCAGCCGCCCCUUUUGCAUCUCGCAAGCCAUCCUUCAAAAUGCAGCUGCCCAACUUGACUGCUCGCCCACCGCUAGUAUCGUCUUUCUCCUUGCCAGCGCCAUCUGGAACAGUGGGGAGCUUCUCCGCGCACCUUGCAAGCUUUUCCCAUUUGAAUCAGUCACCCAAGAGGCAUGCUGACGGCAGCGCCACAUCUGCAAAGUUUGCAUUUCUUCCCAUCUUUGCAACUCAAGGGCGGGCCGCGAGCUUGAACAGCGAUGCCAGUAUGCGAAGAGCACAAAGUGGUGGCAGCGGUGGCAGUGACAGUCGCAUUGGCAGGCCUAUACUCCCUGACAAAGCGCAGUCGUCGCAUCGGCUUCAGGUUGACAGUGCGGUUGACCGCAAACUCAAGCGUAUCGAAACUGCUGAGCUCGCGCGGCUCCUCAGAUCGAGCCCUGCCGACGUCGAAGGAGCGUCAGAUACUCUGGUCAUUGACAUUCGCCCUUCUACAUCGUUCAGGGUGGCACGCAUACGCGGCAGCGUCAACGUGUGCGCUCCGAGCACGCUGCUCAAACGUCGGACUAUCACUGUCGAGAGGAUCGAGGACGAGUUGCUCCCUGUGGAUGAUGUUGAUGGGAGUGCCGAACGUGGCCCCUCGAGCGGCGGAAUCAAAUGCGAGAACGAAUACUUUCGGAGGUGGCGAACGAACAGAUAUGCAUGGGCCUCUUCGCCGGCCACACCCAGCGAUCAACUAUCUGGCGCCAAGCUUGAGCGUAUUGUUGUUCUCGACAUGGACACUGACAACCUCUUGGGAAAAGGAAAGGCUUCCGCAGGAGGCGGGGGCGCUUGCCUUCGAGGCUUGCUGGACAAAUUCAACGAUGCAGGGUUCGCUGGCGAGCUGUGCUGGCUCGCAGGCGGGUUCAAGCAGUUUGCAUCCUGUAUCGCGGCAAGCGGUUUGAUCAUCCAUGGCGAUGGCCCUUCGCUCGAAUGUCAACAGCAGAGCAUGAGCACAGGAAGACAACCGAAGGCUUCGUCAGUAUCCACUGCACCGGGCAAGUUUCUGCUACCCGGAAAAUCGCCAUCGAAUGCGCUCUCGUCAGCGAGGCCCAGCGGUAUCCGUCGCGCGUCAGCUCCUUUCUUUCCGAAAGGAUUCACCAUCCCGUCUUUCAAGUUCAGCUCUCCAUUCAGCUUGAAUUCCACCGGCGGCAGCGGCUCAAACUCGUCUGGCUUUGGGCCCAGCGUGACUUCAGGCUCCGGCACAGUGGCAAUGGGCAGCUACACGCCUCGCAGCGCACCCCUUGCGCCGCGUGCGCCGAGCUCUAAACACUCCCUAGUUCAGCCGCGCUGCCUGCCGAUGGAGGCGUUCACCACACAGACGACGGUGCAGGGACCAGCAUCGAUGGGAUUGUCCACUCGGAAGAUCGGAUUGGAGGCGGAAGGCGGCUUUGCCUUUUUCGCAGCUCGUGAUGACACUAAUGAUGCCUUCGGCAAGGCUAAGGAUGCGCAGAAAAGCGAGAACAGUAGUGUUUGCAGUGCCGCCUUUGCCAAUCCGUUCUUCGACAACAUCCGUCAAAACCGCGAGCUGGCGCAUGGUGUCACGGAGCACAUUCCUCUCGACGUUCCGGUGAUCACGCAGGAGGAGAAGGACGCGUUGCCACUGUUUCUCAAAAAGCUGGUGGACCUCCCUGCAGUGGAGCGUGCUGAAGUACUGGCGCAGAACUUUUUCAACAUCGACCGCACAGAGCAGGACAGGCUCAAUGCUACUAUGAGACAGCACGCGUCGGAGUCGAUAACAGACCCAAGGUCGUCCAGUGCGCCGAUCUCCACAGGCGAGAAAGGCGGCGGAAGCAACAGCGGGAGCGUAUCUAGCCCCAGGGCCCUCACAACAGCACCCUUCUCUUCCAUUCCUGACGUUUGCUCCGCUGCGGGUGAGCGCUUCCCGUUCAGCAUCGCAGCGGCACUGGAACGCGGCGCCGACAAUCGGUACAACAACAUUUGGACAUACGAGCACAGCCGGGUCCGAUUGGCGCAUCCACAAUCGUCUGACGAUCCCGGCUCGGACUACAUCAAUGCGUCCUUCAUCGAGCCGGCGCGACGGUACGGAUCGCGAAGACGCUUUAUUGCCACGCAGGCACCGAUGCCCAGCACCUUUGAAGCGUUCUGGCAGGUGCUCUGGGAGCAGAACAGCCACGUCAUUGUCAUGCUUUCGCGUGAGAAGGAAGGCGGACGCGUCCAGUGCCAUGACUAUUGGUCCCAACCGUUGUGCGGCAGGUUCAUGAAGACAGAAAUGAUCGAUGAGGUCAAGCUUACGGACCGGGGCGAAAUCAUUCACUCCAAGCCGUCUGACGGCAGUGGCGGUAGCGGUUGCAAGGGUGAUUCAGGAGGCUUUUUCUCCGCUGUUGAUGCCGGCGGCACAUCAGAGGGUGAGCCUACCAUCGUUCGGCGCUUGUUGCGCUUGACCAACACCUCGCGGCCAGACCUCCGCCCUCGACACAUCGUUCAGCUGCAGUACCUCGCGUGGCCCGACUAUUUUGUUCCAGAGAACUCUGCCUCCCUCCUCAACCUGAUCGACCUGGCCGAUCAGACGCAGCAUAAGUUCGAUCAGGACCUUUCAAUGGCGCACAGUCCACUCUCGCGCUCAUCGUUCCACAAGAGUGUGGCUGCGACAGUUGGACCGAUGAUUGUGCAUUGCUCUGCUGGCGUAGGCAGGACAGGUGCAUUCGUUGUUAUCAACAGCAUCCUCGAUGUCCUACGACGCGAACGCCGAUGUGCCAAUGAUCGACGCACGCUAGCCUGCUGGGACGAUGGGGUCAAGUCGAUCGACAAUUGGUUGUUCUCGCAUGUGCUCGCGGAUUUGCCUCCGCCUGAUGCAGGUCGCUUCGGCCGCCGCAGCAGCACUCGACGCAGCCUCAAGCGAGAGCUCUCACCUUCGGCAGCCAGCAUUGACACGGAUUCGGAGGCGGACGUCGGUGGCCUCUCCUCUCCUCCCGCUUUCCGGCGCACGCGCUCAAGAGAGACGACGAAUGAUGAAGGUCCAGUGCUCGAGCGCUCAUCACCCUUGCUCACCCCUUCGAAGGCCUUGCACAAUUUGGACCUUGCCUCCAGCUCACCCAGGGUUGAUCUCUCGCAUCAAGGAUCCGUCCCCAUGGAAUGUGUCAUUCAGGAUAAGGUGCUACCUCAAUCUCACACAAUGUGCCGGAAUGGCUCGACGACUUCGAGUACCGCCGACUCUUCCAUCUCCGCGCCGUCAUCUGUCCUCAGUAGUUCGGGUCAGAGCAGUAGUGUAAGCAGCGGCCUGCUUCAUGGACGCGAUACGACGUCUGUGGCAUCUUCGCUCUUCUCUAAGCCGUCAGCAUCUAUUCCGUGCGGACAGUUCCCGUCUAUUGAGCUCAAGCGAGACCUAGAUGAUGGCGCACAGCGCGCCGCUUCGGCAUUCUCGACGGACACGGACUUGAUCAAGCAGACGACCGAAACGGUUCGGGAGCAGCGCAUGAGCAGCAUACAAACCACGCGGCAAUAUGUCUUUGUGCAUCUCGCAAUUCUGGAAGGUUGCAUUCGCGAUUAUAGGCGGUACCAGCAGGAGUCCAAGAAUUGCAAAUAG